AUGGUCCGCGGCGGGGCUGGGCGCUUGGUCUCCUGCGCGGGCGCCCCUCCCCCUCCCGCCCCUCCACCUUCCCCGGCAAGUUGCAAAGUCCUCGGCCGCGCGCGUACGCGGCUGCCCCCCUCCCCCCCGGCCCCGUUCCCUGCUGCGGCGGCGGCUGCGGCGACCGGAGAGGAGGCGGCGGCGGCCCGGAACCCGCGCACUCGCUCUCUCUCACUCGCUCGGCUCGCUUUCUCGCUCUCCCGCUCCUGGCAGCCGCGGCAAGCGCCGGACCCCGAGCACUUCCAGGCGCGCGCGCUUCUUCUGCAAAAAGUUGAGGGCUCUCUCUCAACUCGUUAUCAGGGUGUCAUAUGGGUGACAUCACUCCUCCAGCCAACCAAUGGCUAUGCCCGACCCCGCCCAUCUCCCGUUAUUAACAACAGGGCGGACGCAGGACGGGGCGGGAAAGACCAGCAUGGGCACAUGGGUACGGACGAUGAAGUGAGCCUCGGUGCAGACGCGCCCACGGGGCGCCGCGAGUGGGUGUCGCUGCUGGUCCCGGGCGGGUCGCGCCCUGAACCCGCGCGCGAUCGCUCUGCGCCUCUGCCAGGCGGAAGGUGGCGCUUCGACACCGCGCGGCGCCGUGCACGUGGGAUCAUCCUGAUUCCCUUUCUCCCCCUCUUUCUGGAGUCGGGUCGGCCGUGCCCUCCCUUCCACCCGCACCCGCAGGAUUUUGUCCCGUCUCCCCCGCACCCCUUCCCGUUUUCCCUCCUAGAUCGCGCGCCGCCCCUGAUUCGGCCAGAGUAA